UCUAGAACAGUUAGAGGCAACAAUGUUCCAAUAAUAAACGCGAUACAUUUCUAUAUUCAGCGGUCUGAAUGUUGUGCACCACUGCUCCUCUUGGCUGACUAUAUGUAUUUCAUAUUACAACAAGGCCGACCAGAGCAGAGGAUAACCAUUGAAGCUUGCGGAUUAUUUUUCAACUUUUCACAUUCUGGAGAAUUUAGAGAAAAUCUGUGUGUUGAUCUCACUAGUUUGUGACCGAGUUGAGUUAAUUCAGCGGUUUACAUUUCGCUCUAUGGUUGAGACGCCGUCGUGUUGUUUUCAUCAAGAUCAAGAACACUGACUGCAUCAUCAUGUUGAAAUCGUUUUAACUGAAGCGAAUGUAGAUUACAGCUGUCUGACAUCUAUUCCAUCCACGCGCUGGCUGCCUCUGCGUUCUAUCAAUAAGGAUGCAUCUAUUGACAUUUAGUUCCAUUUGAUAGGUGGUGUGGUGUGUGUGUGUGUGUGUGUGUGUGUGUGUGUGUGUGUGUGUGUGAUGGUAGCGUUCGGUGUGUGAGGCCUGUAAGAGGAGACCCACUGCCUCCUCCCCUUCAGGAUGUCUGAACCCCAGACACCAACAUGGCCACAGGGCACAGAGUGUGUGGCCAAAUACAACUUUAAGGGCACCACAGAGCAGGACCUGCCCUUCAACAAAGGAGAUGUCUUAACCAUAAUCGUGGUGACUAAGGACCCUAACUGGUACAAAGCCAAGAACACAGCAGGUCGAGAAGGCACCAUCCCAGCUAACUAUGUCCAGAAGAGGGAAGGGGUGAAGCAAGGGGGCAAGCUGAGUCUAAUGCCAUGGUUCCAUGGUAAGAUAACUAGGGAGCAGGCUGAGUGUCUCCUGAUCCCCCCAGAGAUGGGUCUGUACCUUGUGAGGGAGAGCACCAACUACCCUGGGGACUAUACUCUGUGUGUGAGUUGCGACGGCAAGGUGGAGCACUACCGCAUUGUCUACAAGGAGGGAAAGCUCAGCAUCGACGAGGAGGCGUUCUUCGAGAACCUCAUGCAGCUUGUUGAGCACUAUACCAAAGAUGCAGACGGUCUCUGCACCAAACUGAUCAAGCCGAAGCUGGAGGAGGGUACUGUGGCAGCCCAGGAUGAGUUCUCCAGGAGCGGCUGGGCUCUCAACAGGAAGGAAAUCAAUAUCCACCAGUCCAUAGGGAAAGGAGAGUUUGGAGAUGUGAAGGUGGGAGACUACAGAGGGACCAAAGUAGCGGUGAAGUGUAUCAAACACGAUGCUACAGCACAGGCCUUCAUCGCUGAAGCUUCAGUCAUGACGCAACUGAGACACAAUAACCUGGUCCAGUUGCUAGGUGUCAUCGUUGAGGAGAAGGGAAGCCUGUUUAUCGUCACUGAGUACAUGGCCAAGGGCAGUCUAGUGGACUACCUACGCUCCAGAGGUCGGACAGUGCUGGGUGGGGAUUCCCUACUCAAGUUCUCAGUUGACGUGUGUGAGGCCAUGGAGUAUCUGGAGGCCAAUAACUUUGUCCACAGAGACCUGGCGGCCCGUAAUGUUCUGGUGUCAGAUGAUAACAUCGCCAAGGUCAGCGACUUCGGCCUGACCAAGGAGGCCUCGUCUAAUCAGGACACAGCCAAACUGCCCAUCAAGUGGACCUCACCAGAGGCCCUGAGGGAAAAGAAAUUCUCCACCAAGUCAGACGUGUGGAGCUAUGGGAUCUUGCUGUGGGAGAUCUACUCCUUCGGACGAGUGCCUUACCCCAGAAUUCCUCUAAAGGACGUGGUACCACGCGUGGAGAAGGGCUACAAGAUGGAUGCCCCAGACGGUUGUCCUGAGGUGGUAUAUGAAGUCAUGAAGCAGUGCUGGACCCUGGACCCCCUGGUGCGACCAUGCUUUAGAGUCCUCAGGGAGAAACUGCAGCAUAUCCUAGCCAAGGAGCUCUAUCUGUGAUGGAAUAGGAAGAGGAGGUGAAAGGGGAAGUGGACAAGGAUGGCUCUCCUUUCAUUGAGGAAGAGGGGGAUGGUGAGGGAGAAAUAGGACGGACAAGGAUUGCUCAGGCUCUGAUAUUUUCUUUUCACACGGUCCUUUCCAGCACAGUUACAGGAAAGAUGACGGAUACGUAGCCUGGCCGGUGCAGUUCGGAUUGGCUCGGCUAGUGUGAAUCAACCCCAAGUCAGGCAAUACACUUCCCGUGUCCCUGCUCUCUACCCAUACAGUGUAAGAUUGUUACCCCAGUUAAAUACGAUCUGUGCCAAAAUGCCUCCAGAACACAGGGCUAUCCCCACAGAUACUUCACGCCGCCUCUACACACUUGCCUUUGAAUUUUUUUUAUGUUUUAUACAUUUGUUUGUUUUUGUUACACAUCCUCCUCUCUUAUUGCCACAAGUGUUCAUCUCACAUUUAUCAAACUGGAAAGCAGAAUAAAUCCUCCACUAAAUAGUUACUGAAUUCAACAUUUCAGGACGAUGUGUAACAUGACAGAGAGAUUGAGAUUGCAUGGAUACAUAGGGAAAAGAAGAAGCCAUUCUGGAGAGAAAAAAGUUUUGUAACAGAUAAACUAAGGGCAAGUGUAUAGAAAUAAUAAAAAUGUAACAUGUACAUGUGAAAACAGUUCAGAAAUGAAAGCUGAAGGGAACCAUGCAUGUGGAACGAGAAGCCUUUUUUUGUACCUUUAAAGUUGUUUUUACUUUGCUGCCGUUAUGAUUAAAUCAUUCCACUUGAAAAA